AUGACUUUGAAUGAUCCCAAACCCGAGUCCCGGCAAGAUGAGUUUUCGAUCAGCCAUAUUGAAAACGGAGAUCAAUUGGCGAACCACUCCAAAUUUCCCAGUCUUUUGAACUUCUUGAUUGUCCUUACUGCUGCAAUCUCCAGUUUUCUAUUUGGCUAUGGAAAUAACGCGGUCGCUGGAAGCUUGGCCCAGCAGACAUUUCUUGCAAAGUUUCUGAGUGGACCAGAUUAUACCGCCAUCAUUGAUGGUAUUGAGUCAGUGUUCUUCGGCGGAGGUUUCAUUGGAACGGUGCUGCAAGGAGCGAUAUCGGACAAGUUUGGACGCAAGAUAUGCGCAGAGACGGCUGCCAUCUUGAUGAUCAUAUCCGGAGUUCUCAGUGCUGCGAGUGUUAAUCCCGCCAUGUUUAUCGUCUCCCGAGGAUUCUGUGGAUUAUCUGCCGAUAUCGCCCCCCACGCGCGUGGCCUGCUAGUCGGAAUGCACGCUACAUUCAUUACAAUUGGAUAUAUUACGUGCGGAGUUUUUGCGGUUAUUUUCAACUUUGUGACAUCAUCUAUUCAAUGGCGUCUGCAGUUUAUCAUGCUGAUCUUUUUUUCGGUUGUUUGCGCCAUCACAAUCUUGAUCCUUCCGGAAUCUCCAAGAUGGUACGUCGAACAGGGAAAGAAAGAAGAAGCUCUUGCAGUCAUGGAGCGCCUUCAUCGCACCAAAUCAGAUCCGACGGCAAAACUUGCUCGAGCAGAGUUUCACCAGAUUGUCGCCCAAGUUGAGGAGGAAAAGAAGCUUCCACACAGCUGGUGGUAUAUCUUUUCCAACGCCCAUCUUCGCAGGCGGGCCUACUGCUCAAUCCUUGCAUUCGCCAUGGUUCAGUCCAGUGGCCUUUUGGUUAUCUUCAAUCUCAUGCCUAUUCUAUUCGCAUCACUUGGCUUUGACAAUCUCAUGCAACUAGGACUAUCUGUUGUUUGGGUAACGUGUGCAACGAUUGGAGCGUCAGUCAACUCCUUGAUUGUGGAUAGAGUAGGUCGGGUUACGCUUUUAGUUAUCGGCGGAUAUCUUUGCACUAUAGCCAUGGCUAUUCAGUGUGCCCUGCAAAAAUACUACCUUCAUUCGGACUACAAGCCAGGAAUCAACGCUUGCGUGGCAUUCUUUUAUAUCUUCAUUCUCUUCUACGCUGUUACUUGCGAUGCUACCGUCUAUGUUUACAACGCUGAAAUCUGGCCAACUCAUUUGCGCAGCAAGGGCGUCACAUUUGGUCUCGGUUCCUAUUUUAUCUUUGGCAUUGUUUACAGCAGCCCUGCUUCUCAAGCCUUUGAUCAAAUCGAAUGGCGAUACUAUCUUGUGUUUAUCUGCGCGACCUUUGUGGCAGUCAACCUUAUCUGGUUGACCUUCCCCGAGACUAAGGGGUUAUCUCUUGAGGAAGUCAACAUUAAAUUUGGAGACACUGUGCAGGUAGCCUUGACAGAUAUUCGUGUGGAUCCCUAUAACGUGCCCAAGCCAUAUCCAGAGAAGACCGAGAAUGAUUCAAGCUCUUGA